CGAAAGCGCGUCAGCUGUGAAAGUGUGUCGGGGCCUCUCGCGCGCGCGCGCAGGAGAUGACUGUGAGCAGUGACGUGUCCUUCUCUCUCACUCGCUCGCUCUAUACACAGCUUACACACAUAUAUAGAAGAAUGCAAGAAGGGAGCGCGUGACGGGCGCGAGAAUUCGAUAAGCGCGCGCUGCGGUGAAAAUCGGGAGUAGCAGAGUACAAACCGAUCUCUAGAGCGCGCGCAGGUGGGGGUCUCUCCAUCUCUCUCGGUUCGCGCAGGCAUGCAGGUGCGCGUUUUCUCUCCAGGCCAGACUCGCAGCCGCAGCAGCAGCAGCAGCAGCUAGAGGUAUAUAGGACUUUGUAGGCAGUGCCGUGUCGCACGUGCGACGAGUAGUGCGUCUCUGUGCCGCGACUCGAGAGGACUCGCUGCAGAGCUCCGCGGAGAAGGUCCGAAAUAUAUCUCGGCUCCUCGAGCAUCGCAAAGACAGCAUUAGUAGCGUAUAAACGCGCGGAUAUAAUGGAUCAUCAGGGGACGCCGUGCGCGAGGCUCUGCCACAUCGUCAAGUGGGACGACUUCGACGGCUACGGCUUCAACCUGCACGCGGAGAAGGGUAAGAGCGGCCAGUUCAUCGGCAAGGUGGACGAGGGCUCGCCGAGCGAGGCAGCGGGUCUGCGCCAGGGCGACCGGAUCAUCGAGGUCAACGAGAUCAACAUCGCCAACGAGAGCCACAAGCAGGUUGUCGAGCGGAUCAAGGCCUUCCCCACGGAGACGAAGCUCCUCGUGGUGGACCAGCAGGCCGACGACUACUUCAAGGCCAACAACGUACCGAUCAAGGCUAGCAUGCCCGGCGUUAAGCUGCUCAAGACGCCGGAGAGGAGCCCGGCGAGCAUCGCCCAGGACGAGCGCGACGCCGCUGCCAUAGCCGCCGGCAUUCAGUUGCAGAGCGGAGAUACACACUCGAUCGGCAGCUCGGCGAGCGACGCCCAGCAUGAGAACGGCAGCAGCAGCAGCGGCGCCGGUAACAACGGCUCGACGACGAGGCUCGACGACGACACCAGCAGCAACAAGUCAUCCUCCAGUGCUGGAAAGGAACAGCCGCAGCAGCAGAGCAACGGCAGCGCUGCCGGAUUGAACCUGGCUAUGAGCGCCAAGGAGCUCAGGGCUAAAUUGGCUAUGCGCAAGAAGUACGAUCCGAAAAAGGAGUCGCUCGGAUUUAAGGACAAAUUCGACAUCGUGCAGAAGCUGUAGAUCGACUCGGACACCGGCGAUAUUUUCUAUACUCUAUUUUCAAUCUUCUUAUUCUUCUUCUUCUCUAUACUCUCUGUUCUUCUUAUUUGAUGGGUCGAGGCUCGCUCACUCUCUCUCUCUCUCUCUUUCUCUCCCUCUUGAGAGACAGAGGCAUUCAAGUGUGCGAAGCAUUGACUGCGGGAUGAUGAGAAGACUCUCCGUUCUGCUACGUGAGUUUGGCGACCGAGAAGUUUAUUUGAGAAAAAUAAGAGAGAGGGAGAGAGAGAGAGAGAGAGAGAGAGUAUCCGACUGCGAGUGCACGAGAACCCGAUAAGAUAUACCUUUUCGCUCGCAUUCCACAUUGUUGAUCCGCACACACACACACACACCGCCGGCAGGCUAAAAAAGAUUCGCAAAGAAAUAACAAGAAAAAAAGUAGGUACACACGCACACAGACACACAACAUCGCGGGCCACCGUGCCAUAGUCGCGCUCUCAAUUAGCGCGUUACGCAACCGCUGCAUCUUCGGUCUUUAGACAACAGCCUGUUGAUUCAGCGCGUGUAUGCGCAUUGUUCUCUUCUUCUGUGCCGCUUCUUUUUCGCGCCUCGAAAACCAAGCACAACUCACACACACGCUCCUGUAUUUUCUCAUAUACUUUAUAUUAUACUACGUAUGCUAUAUAGGAUCGUGUCGCUUUUAUAUUAAUAUAUAUGUAUUUUUGUAAAAAAAAAAAACAAAAUGAACAAGUAAAUGAAAAAAAUUGAACGGGUAUACAUACAACACAGACACAUUUGUUGCACAAAGUAGGAUACCGAUUUUUUUUUCUGCUCGCACAGCGAAGGACGAAUCGCGGUAUAAAAGCGAAUGAAUUAAUAAUUAAACCGAGAUGUGAUUAAUCAUGCAGCCCCACUCGUUACAUUCCAAAGUCAGUCGUUUACGUGUAAGAGAGAGAGAGAGAACGACAUACUACAUAGCGAGAGCUCAGUCUUCUACCUGUAUACUCACACACGCGCACGGAAUUACACACCGAUUUUUCUUCGCAAUAGCCUCUCUCUCACUUGGCGUCUAUCGCAGUGUCCCUAUGUACAUAUAUGUAUGUCUCCUUCUGUAUGCAACGUCGUCGUCGCGCUCUCUCGCGCGGACUCGACGUCCCGUGACGAUUCGUCAGCUUUGCGCGCGCGCUGAAUGUAAUGUAGCUAAAAAAAAAAAAAGAAAAAGAAAAGAAAGAGCAGUCGCGCGUUCUAUAUCGUAACGACGUUUUUGAGAGAUAAUGUCGGUGUAACCAAAAUAUGUCAUAUGUAGCUCCUCUGUUAAGUGAUUCAUUGUAUUGUUACUCUUAUUGUUAUGCUGUAUGUAUUAUUGUUGUUAUAAAUGUAUCUUGUCUGUAAAUAAUAAGCUACACGUGUCCGCGACGACAUGUACAACAGGUAUAUUAUAUAUCCGUCGAUGCAAAAUUUCAAUCAUCUUCGUAAUACGUGUAAGCUUUUUUCUCCUCCUUCUCUCACGCUCGAACGUGUGGUUGGGGAAAAAGGCGCCUGAAAAAUUAUGUAAAGCUAACAUCUAUAUUCAAUUUUUCAAUAAAUCUUGCAUUAUACGCUGUAAUCGUAAAAA